AUGGUAUCCCUUGUGAAAUCUGUUCGUUCAAGGCGAAGACACUGCACUGUUAUAAUUAAAAUUGAAGCUAUUUAUUUGUUAUUUUCUUAUAGGAAACAGAUUCGAGCUCUUCUAGGACAGUUUAGCCAGGCAGAGGCUUUGUUAAUCUCCUCUGGAGUUGAGCCAGGGACUUUAGAUGGAGUUCUCUUGGAUGCUGGCUGUUCUUCGAUGCAAUUUGAUACACCUGAAAGAGGCUUUUCCCUGAAGAAGGAUGGACCUUUGGACAUGAGGAUGGAUAGUGACAGGUACCCUGACAUGCCCACUGCUGCCGAUGUUGUGAACGCUUUAGAUCAACAGGCACUUGCGUCCAUCCUGAGAACAUACGGGGAGGAGAGGCACGCCAACAAAAUCGCUUCAGCCAUUGUUCAGGCACGCAGCAUAUACCCCAUCACCAGAACUCAGCAGCUUGCAAGCAUUGUUGCAGGUGCUUUUCCAGCAUCAGCGCUAUAUGCACGCAAAGACUUGCUUCAGAGACCCGCGCAUGUUGCUACCAAAACUUUUCAAGGCCUGCGAAUCUUUGUAAAUGAUGAGCUCCAUGAACUCUUUAUAGGGCUGAAGACAGCUGAGAAGUUUCUAAAACCUGGAGGUCGCCUUGUAGCCCUCUCCUUUCAUUCACUAGAAGAUCGUAUUAUCAAACGUUUUCUUCAUGGAAUAGACAUGACAGAAAAGUACAAUCUUAGCUCAAGGCAGAAGAUAAGACAGGCUCUGAAAAAUUACUCCAAGGAAGAAGAUACAGAAGAAUUUCCCCAUGGAAAAUCCAACUCUAGGUGGAGUUUUAUACAGAAAAAAGUUCUCACACCCCAGGCGAAGGAUAUUCAAACAAACCCAAGAGGAAGGUCAGCCAAGUUAAGAGCUGCUAUUAAACUGUAA